AUGGCAUUUUGCGGGAAAAACAGAAUGAGUGGUGGUGUUGCGAAAGGUCGGCUGUUUUGUCAGGCCACAAAACAAUUUGCGCGUUUCUCUUGUCCGCAUUAUCGUACCUGAAGUGACUUUAGGACUUUCAUUUUAUUUUAUUAUAUCAGGUAACAGGGCUAAUGUACUAAACAAUCCUGAUUGUAUUGGAGAGUACACUUUUAUCCAGUUUAUAGCUUCCGCUGUGUGUCACAGAAAUCCACUGACAACUGGUCGAUAUCUUGGAAUUAAAACUACGAAGACACAGUUUCUUCAGCUUUGUGAGGUGGAAGUUUACUCGCGAGGUAACAGUCUGAAAUUUGCAUCGCUCUUAACCAACUUCCAGUUGGUUCUUGCGUCAAUCGACCUUUCCACGGUUUUCAACGUUUGCCAUGGACUAGCUAGUUAGGGAAAAUCCGUCGACACCACUGGAAAGAGCGUCUUAGAAUGAGUAAACUCGCCAAGUUUGACAGUGAUACGUCUUAAACGAGCGAAAUUAUAGCUCCGCAAAGUUGCAAAAAUUUAUAGACGUUUAUGUGGUGGUGGGGCAAGUUUGUGCCCCCCCCACCAUACAAACGUCUGUAAAAUUUCGCGACUUUCAGGAGCUAUAUCUUCGUUAAUCUGCAACAAAUCACUUCAAACCUGGCAAUUUUAGUUAUUUAAAGGCGUUCUUUCCAUAACUUGUCCAUGUCAAAGCUUGGAGAAAAUCGUGGAAAGGGCCCAUUUGAGCAGAAAGCUUAAAAAAACCCCUUGUUUCAUGUGAGAAUCAAACUCACGACCCUCUGAUUUCUAGUUCGGAUGCUCUAUACAGUGAGCUAUUGGAGACUCUAGGGGGAGCAGGGUGGAAAUUAAAUGAUAAUUACACCAGUCGUAUUAGUAACAAAAUGCUAUUGCGAUAAAAAAAGAGUUUAAGAUCAAGGUACUCAAAAAAUUCAGUUAUCGGUUAUAAGCCGCAGUUAUGGUAAGUUCAAGCAACAUACAUGCUGUAGAAACAAAGGGGAAUAGAGGAAUAAUGCUUUAUGAAGGUUACUAGGAGCUGUUGGUCAGGCUGGUGUCGCCCCGUGUGAGGUAAACCGAAUCAGUCUUGGAUAACGGAUUCCAAGCUGUGGAUUCCGGAUUUCUUUGUCGGUGGGACAUGGAUUCCGGAUUCCCAUUUUUAGACAGGAUUCUGGAUUCGUUGAGCUAAAUUCCGAAAUCCAAAGCCCUGGAUGGCGGAUUCCACAUGGAAAAAUUUCCCGGAUUUCGUAAUCUGGAUAACCUUAUUUGUGGCGAUUGGUGGCUCCACUCUUUUUUUUUCUUUUGACAUACUAUUAAUGUACCUUGAUAUACAGAGAACUUGUCAUUUUAUUGUUGAUUAAUUAAUUAAUUUUUAUUAUUGAAUUGAAAUAUAUUUAACAAUUAUUCCUCGAGCCCGAAUGGCCUCAGAGGCCAUGAGGGCGAGAGGAAUAAUUGUUUUAGUAAAAUCCAACUAGUUGGUCAAAAAUAACGAGACAAAACAGCUUUAGCUAGUUAAAGCUAGACUUAAAUCCUUUUUUGCCGCCAAAAAGCCGUCGCUUUUCGCUACUAGUGGGCUAUAAGAUAUAACCUAGUAGUAGCUCAACGAAUCAGAACGCGGCAUUGAUAAUAGACCACUAGUUAGAAUUUACUAAGAAAUGAUAGCCUGAAUAUCAGACGUCCCCGACCUCGAGUCACAUGCCCUGGGAAGGGAAGUCUGAAUCAACGAGCCGAUAAUGCCGUCCAAUGACGCCACUACUCCUCUGCUAUAAUUUAUGCAAAAAAAAAAAAAACAAGAUUGGAAGCUGGCAAACAAAGAUAUAUCACUAUAUCAAACUUGAUCGCGGCCACACGUAAUAAUGAACACACAGAGGACGUCUCUUCCUUCAAUUUGCUUUAAUUUAAAAAGAGCUAUUUGGUCCUUAACGAACAAACAAGAAAGAAAGAAAAUUAAUCAUUACACUUGAAAGUAGAAAUGAUAAGGUUCGAUAAUUUUCUAGCUAGACACAAAAAUCACUGCCAAAACCACAAAGCAGCUUUCAAUGAAAACCUACCGCCUUUUCGCAUUGAUUCUUCAUUCGUAGUUCAAUUUAACAAGUCAUAAUUUCGAAGACAUGGGAUAUUUUGCUCUCUAAAGAUUGUCGAAAUUUUGAACUUUACGCAAGCAUGCGAUCCGCUGAAUAUCACAUGACAGUUACGCUAAAAUUUCUCAUAAUUAUACAUAAUAAUGCAAGUGUUUGGACAAUCAACCAAUGAAAAUCACUACCUGGUUUUCGGGUAAUGACGUCACUAGACGGCAUUAGAGGCUCGUUGAUUUAGACGUCCCCUAUGCGACUCAAGGAGAUGGCUGAAAUUUAGGCUGAUGAAAUAAAUCAUAUUAAUCUUGAGCUGCGGAUAAAGAUAUGAAAGUGAACAUGAUCUUUGCAUUAGAAUGAACAGCAUUAUUGAACAACCUUCUGGUUUCUUUAAAGAAAAUUUAGCGUAUCUAAAGGACACGAAUCAGUCAAGUACUUUUAACCACGUUCGUGCGACGGGUGCUAGUAGCAACGCCGUGGACGGAAACGCCAAUACUAACUUUUUUGAUGGGUCAUGUGCACACACGCUUAACGAAAAACGGCCCUGGUGGAGAGUAGACUUGGAAAACGUGGAGCUAGUGAAUGAAGUUUACGUCGUAAACAGAGGAGACUGUUGUGAAAACAGAUUGAAUCCUUUCGAGAUCAGAGUGGGUGAGUAACAUUUCUGGUUAAGACAGUAAAUACUUUGUUAGUGUGCGUGCAUUUUCCUUGUAGAUCACGAGGUAAAUACGUGCAUUGGAGUGAUAUAUUGUGUGUUUUCAUAUGACGUCAUGGCGGCCAUAUUUUUUUGUCCCAAAACAAUGAAACGGCGGACAUGUUUGUGUCCUAAACCAGGCCUGUGGGAGUUGAACUCUUUUAUUAUGUAAACGCUUUCUUUUAUUCCAAUAAAUUUGCAUAGAUGCUGGUCACGUGAGUGAAAACACAGAAUUCAUCUUAAUAGCCCACGUUCAGUAUAUUAAAAUUCUAACAUGACUCUGAGGCUUUCUGGUUUUUUUUCUAUAUUCGGUUUGGUUUUGUUUGUGCUCAAGUCUUUGCUGGGAAUUGCGAGACAAUGAAGUCGUGGAAAAUUGGCAAUUUUUUGUCUCGCUAUUCCCAGAAAAAAAUUGAGCACAAAGAAAACCAAAACGAAUAUAGAAAAAAAAAAAAAAAAUGACCAGUAAGCCUCGGGGUCAUGUUAGAAUUUUAAUAUAUUGAACUUAGGCAAUUAGCAUUUUCUACAAACUGUAUUUUGCUUUAAAAAGUGAUUUUUAGAAUUUAAUGCAUAUAUAUGUAUUCUAAUUCUUAAAUAGCCCUUAUUCACGAUACCCGCCAUCUUCGAACGCGCUUUAGGGUUGAUGGGAUAGAAGCAAUGUCACGAGGUAUUUCAGGGGGCAAACAAGUGAAAAAAUUUGCUAAUAGGAUUAAUCGCGGUCGAGUUUGUUUAUUCUGUCAAAACGGUACGAUGAUUUUACUCUUGCAAAAUGUACAGUUCGAAUUUCGAAUUUCGAAGUUUUUAUGCCAUCUUUGAUUGCUGUGAGGACAUCUACGGUCACUACUGCAUCCAGAAAAGAAACAAUUAUCACUUCCUGUCAUUAUUUACCAUCAUUUUUUGUUUUCUAGAAUAAACAAACUCGACCGCGAUUUCUUGAAUUGGCAACUUUAGCACUCGUUUGCCUCCUAAGAAACCACGUGACAUUGCUUUUAUACCAUCAGUCUUUAAGCUAGUGCAUACAGAUGCAACAACUCCCAACAAUGUUGGGAGUUGUUGACCAACGAUGUUGCGUCCGUUUGCACGGGGCUAAAAGCUAUUACCGGUUUCUAACAUAUUUCGCAACAACUCCCAACAACACGCAAAAACAUGCAACAAGAUGUACAAACGGGGGCAACAUGUAACAUCCAACAAUGUAGGGAGUUGUUGGCCAACAAUGCAAAGAUGGCGAGUAUCGUGAAAAGGGUCUAUAAGGCCAAUCUGUACAUGUAUAUUUCAGGAAUAAAUUCGAGUAACGGAGGUAUCACCAAUCCGAAGUGUGGGGAUGGCCAUAGAGUUCCUGGUGGCCAGGGUGCCUCGUUCUUCUGUCGCCCAAGUUUGUACGGGAGAUACGUCACCAUACGAAUACAUGAAAGGACAGCGGAACUAAAUUUCUGUGAAGUUGAAGUUUAUUCCGCACGAAGAGGUACAGAACCAUCCGGGAUUAGUGUCAUUCACUAUGCUUUGGUAUUUACAUACGAUGGAACAAAAAUAUUGUUCGUAGUUUAUUCCAGUUUUUUUUUUUCUGUCUUCGAUUCUUGUAAGCGAUUACCUCCCGUAAGCGACCACUCAGUCUUUGUAUUUUGGAUGGUCGCUUACGGGAGGUUCGACUGUAAUUGAUAAUCUUGAUUCUGGAGAAAAAAAAAACUAUUGGUUUGGAAUUAUGUCUGGAAAAGUCUUAAAUUUUGGAUCCAAAAAUCAGUUCGAGCUCUUGUUAAUGUACCGAGAGCCUUACGGUACUUAGAACCAAACUUAGGAAGCAAAUCCCCACCCCGUCGAUAUUUUUUAGGAUAUUUUCUUGAACUACACAUUACAAUUUUUUUCGGUGAUUAUUCUAGGCACCGCAUUACAACUUGAAAAAUUUGGCCAAACAUUUUUAAGUUUCAGUUUACGUCCACUUUUGCCAUCCGUUGCAGUAGAAGACAGGAACAGUUUCAGUGCCUGAAUACAGCCCUGAAUAACAAAAAAUGGACCAUUAAUCUUUGAAUUCAAUUGAGCGAGGACACAUUUUAGCAUUUGAAAAACAUAGCAAAGAGCGUGAGGUAGCCCCUUUAAUCUUGAACAUGAUACUUACUUAGGGACAAUAAUAUAACAGAAAAAAUCUAUUCACUCUUGUCCUCGGAAGGUUCAAUCAACAUAUGAUCAAGUUAUAAAUACCCUUUUUUAGCGUGCCAAAUCCAGGCCAUCGGUCUGGCCAGCAGUGACGCUAUCCCAGACAACAGUUUCUCUGCCUCGACUCAUCGUUCUGGUAAUGAAGCUUCCAAAGGUCGUCUAAACGGAAAUGGCGCCUGGUCACCUAGCGGAAAUAGUGAUGACAACGACUACUUACAAAUUGACCUGAAAGACCAGUUCUUUAUUUGCGCCGUAGCCACUCAAGGUUCAAGUGCCAAUCACUGGACAAAAAAGUACAAAUUACGUUAUUCGCUGGACAACUCAACCUGGUUAACUUAUCAAGAAAAAGACACUGACAAGGUGUGUUUGGACACAAGAAAACUUGCAACGCAAUUAGAACUACUUAAUGGGCCAUUUCCGAGUUGCUCCAAGCCUCUGUAUCAAGCAAGACUAAGUGCGAAACUAUUGAUAUGAAAAUAAUAGAGAAUACUCAUUCUCUCAAGAAAUACUUGUUUUGAAGACCGGUAACAGUGAAAUAACUGAAAGCCUGUCCAACAGAGAACCUGUUUUUAUCAGUAACUCACCGAUCUUACUCAGAAACCCUGGAAAAAAACCUCUGUAAGCAACCCUCCACCUCCUCGGAAAUUGUCUCCUUUUCAGGGGCACCCAAUGAGGAUAUAGUUCAAAACCACUUAAACAUAGCAUUUUUAAAAGCAUUUUAGUAUUUAAACGGUAGUUAUAGGCAUAUUUUUGUCCCCUAAAAUUUUUUCAUCUGUUCGGAUUUCCUAGCUGAAAGUCUAAUUAUCCGCAAGUUAUAGGGAUCCAAACGUACUGUUUCGAAAAUUUCAGCCAGAAAAAAGGUUACCAAAAAUUCUAGGUGACCUUUUUGGGGCAAAAAUCCGUUAAAAAUGGGCAAUUAUACCAUUAGAUGUUCGAAAAUGCUAGAAGAGGCAGGCAAGCAAGAAAUGUAUGGAAGGUCAUGUGUAAACGUAAAAGUCGACCCUCGCUUAACUCUUACAUGUACGCGUAGCCUUUCAAACAACUGCUCUAUUUCAUUUACGCAAGGAAAAAAUACGCGACAGUGGAAAUCAACCCUUAGGGAAAGUUGCCUUCUACCGCCGGGAAAAAACCUGGGAAAAAAUUGCCAAGGUAUUUUUUGCACCAAAAACGGCAGCGUUAGAGCCUAUUUUCUCAGUCUAGUAGUUACGUUUAAUUUACAACAAUGUUGACUUUGCAGAUCUUUAACGCCAAUGAUGGGAGGAACGAUAUCGUAAAACACAGUCUAAUCGGUAUAGUUAGAGCGAGGUUCAUCCGCUUUCAGCCAACAGAGUUUUCAGCUGGGAAAGCUUUAAGAGUAGAAGUGUAUGGAAUACUAACAACAACAGGUAAAUUUCGUAAAGAUUCCAGUUUAAUGUCGGUUCCUGUUCAUAUACUCACAGUUUCGAUACUCAUAAACCAGAAGAAUCUUAAACGCGUUUUCCAACGUUCUUUAUUCCUCUAGUUUGUAGUUAUAUCAUUGGGUGAAGUUUCAGUCGUCUUUUUCCCGUAACCUACAAUCAUUGCAAGUCGUCGGUUGUGUAAAAGAAAAGAACCUUGUACAUUUUGGGGCGUUAUCGUCUCAAAUAGACUACGAACAAUCUCUCUUUUUUUUUUAGGGGGCACCCAACGAGCGUUUUCUCCGCAUUGCCCUUUAGGCUUCCUGGAGUGUUUAGAAAGCAAUAAAAAUGAAUAAUUCGCAUCGCUCUUAAAGUUUUACUGUUCGGUUGUCUGUCUGAAGGGGCAGUUAAGACCUCGCGACUUUUUUUAGGGCUUGUUUUCGCCUAUCCCUAAAAUACCAGCCUACAGUGAAAGCUUCAGAAAAACUUAAGAUUACCCAACCUUUUUUUUUCGAUAAACGAAAUUAUUAGGGGUCGUUUUGAAGUUUGUUCGAAAACCUUACUGAUUGUACGCGUGUCUUCGAAUUUCUAGGGCGACGUAGCAUGUUUAGAAAACUAGAAUAGGCCAUUUCAGAGAUGUGCGCUUAGUGCCCUAGCCUUUGAGUGAAUGUGAGGCUGAGAUUGACCUAGAGAAAAACAUCAUUCCUUUACUCAUGAAAAUUAUGCUUAAAAAAGUUUUGUUUGUAUAUGAACAACAUGAUUUACAUAAUAGAGCAGGAAGGGUUGUAUCAAAACAAGGUCAACUCCAGCCUCGUUUCGACUUGUAACAGUGUAUAACUGGCUAUUAACAAUAAAAAAUAAAAGGUAGAUUUCAUUAUUCGUUUACUUGCGUUUCUUCUAGCGCCAAGCCGUGCUCCCACCAGCUUUAGGGUGACCCCUUCCUCCUCCACUAGUGUUCGAGCAUCCUGGCAGUUGCCAACGGCAGACUUCCAGAUGAUUACAGGAUUCAGGCUCCUGUAUAGAAACUCUAGCUCUGUCGAAGAUCCAGUUACCGUCAUAACGAUUGAAAGCAACUCUGUCCUUAGCCAUGAAGUCACUGGACUUGGGAUAUUUACAAAAUAUGAAUUUCAGGUGUUAACUUUUUCCCUUAUGGGUGAUGGACCGCCAAGUUCUGUUAAAACUGUGAGGACAGACGUUGGGGGUAAGUAUUCACCGUGAGCUAUGAUCAAGUGCUAGCCUUUCUUAUGAAGAUACGAUAAUCAAUUCAUUUUGCCAUUUCUCAGAGAUUAGCAUUAGAGCUGGCCCACUCGUCAAAGCGAGUAUGAAAGCGCGUCGGGCGAAUGAAAAUCGUUGACUUCUCGCAUUACGCCCGAUUAGGUUUCCAACCCCGCUUUCUAUGACUGUUAAUUUAUCUACAUGUAUAUCUGUUUUGUCGUUUUCUUUAGCCUUUGGCUUUGGCAUCUUAUUAUCGUUAACUCGUGCUUUGUGUACUUAUUUAUCAAUAAAGAAUAAUUUAUAUCACUGUUGGGGAACGGAUGAUGAAGGUGGAAGCUGUCUUGACUUUUCGGGGACUUUCGUUAUUUUAAUUUGAUGUUAUUCUUAAAAUGCAUUUAUACUGAAGAUUUUUAACAUAGAUAAAAAAAUAUAUUAGUACUGACUUAUAUAUUAUACUAAUAAUGUGACUUACUAUAUUUUAUUAUACAAACACUAAGGAAAUUGCAGGUGAGCUUUCGCGGGAAAACAUGGUGGGUCGGUUAUUUAAACGAGAAAUGCUUUUUUAGUCUACAGUAUAUGCAUUAAUGAAAUUGUCUACGACAAAUGGUGUUUAAAUAAAAGCGUUGGGCAACUGAAAAUAACUUAGAACGCGGUUUUAUUAGACACUGGUUAAACUCCGUUUAAAUAACCGGGCGGAUAUCUUUACAAGUGAAAAUAACAUGGGUUAUCUUCACAUGUGAAAAGAUCACCGUCGCUAUGGCUACAUAAUAAAUCGCGCCUUUUACAGCAAAAAAGAAAAACUAGCAAAGUUACAUGGACUGGUAUCUCAUUGGUGUUUAUAAAUGGAACAUAACAUGGUCGCUGGGACAUACGAAAUUUCUUUUCUCGUGCUUAAAAAUAUUAUUAAUAUUAUUCAGCACUCAAAGAGAGAUUUCGUAUCUCCGCGUGGCCGUGUAUUAUCCUCUAUAUAUCAAUUUAGUAUUUACCAAAUCAGUGAAUAGGAAUUUUGGGGUAUUUUGAUUGGCUCCCGUAACUCGGAAUAUCCUUCGCCAUUAACUGUUUUGCAACCGGAGCAAAAAUGGCGUCUCGUCUGGAGACAAUUUUGGAAGACGAAAUUUGAGCGAUAAAUGAAGCGCUAGAUAUAUACCUCGCCGCUUCGCGUCUAUUUACGUGCCCUUCGGGGAUAGUUGUAUAAUAUUUCUGUAUUAAUAUAAUAAUGUAAUUUUUAUUUAUCCUUCAUCAUUAGCAAAAUAUUUAAUCAAUAGACCUCUUUAACUUGUAUGUUUUGUUUUCCCAAUAGAGAUCUCAGGGGAACUUGACCCUUUAUCUCUUCAUAAAUUAUGUGGAGAGAUGCACGUGAAUUAGAUGUAAUUUGCAAGAAACAGUUCUCUAGAGUAUUAUCACAUGGCCUGUAUUGGGAAACAAAACAUACAAGCUAAAGAAGACUAUUGACUUAAUAAUAGGACAAUUGCACGAUGAUGUCAUUUUCUCCAAUUACCAAAACCCUUCAGUUUGCUGUUUUCUUCUGCAAGUUAAGGCUAUUGCAAUUCUUUUUAAAAAAUCUCUGCAGGAUUGACAAAUUUAAACAAGAAUAUAAAAACGAAAUGCCUUCUGGUAGUUGUAGCCAAAUUUCGUCAUCACAAAAAUGGCCUUUUGACUUCCCAUUUUCAGCUCCUUCACAAGCCCCUACGAACCUGGGUUUGACAGUCAACAACUCAACUAGUAUUUCAGUGAACUGGCAGCUACCCCCCGGGAUAUCCCGAAAUGGACUUAUUGCGGGAUUUACAGUGUACUACCAGAAAACAGGCGCCUCCGGUCAAGCGAACACUGUCACCGUUGACGGUGAAACUGUUCUCUUGAAUGAAACGAUUACUGGGAUGGAGAAAUACACAGAAUACGAUAUUCAAGUGUCUGCAUUCACCUACGCUGGGGGUGGACCGAAAAGCUCUGUUGUGACGGAAAGAACAAGUGAAGACGGUAAGACAUGUCUAGUGAAUGUAAGAAUGGAAACACCAACAUGUACGAUGCGCCUGCCUGAUAUGCAUUGGGCUAAGAAUUCUCAGUUCUCGUACUUUAAAUACCGUAUUUUUUCGAUUAACCGCCCAGGGUGCUUGUUAAAUUUUUGGACCUUGAGAGUGGGCGCGUAUUCGAGGUGAGCGCUUACUAAAUUUUCCCCAUUUUUAGUGAGUGAAGCAUGUUUAUUUUGCAACAAAACAAUAAAUGGUAAUAAUAAAACUCGAAGAUGUAAUAAAGCAAGGCUUCUGUAAAUACUCUGAAGAAAACUCCUAUUUCGGAGAAGUCUCUCAUUAGUACUUAUUCAAUUUUUUGGGGUGGGGGUUGGCACUUAUUUGAGUCUGAGUGAGAGGGGGAGGGGUUGGGGUGGAGGUGGGCGCUAACUCGAAGUUGGGCGCUUAUUCGAAUAAAUACGGUAUCGGUAGCCUGUGAAAAAAAUCCGACAUUUCGCGACUCCACCACUGGUUUCUGCGAGCGCAGACUUGAAUUUCCAUACUGAUGACAGUGCUUCCUUUUGCUAAUUUCAACCAAUCAGAAACACUACCCAUUCCGGAUCCGGGUACGGUCGCGUCAUCAGAAGAAAUUUCUGCGCUCGUUCCUCGAUCGUCAAAACCAGCGGUGUCAUCGCAAAAUGUCAGCUGUUUUCUCAGGUAAAACAUCAAUAAGCUUGCGUCUACUGCUUUAGACUUUCGAGCAAGUUAUGUCCACAAAGCACCCAAUCCUUCCUUGUGAUUAAAAAAGCGACGUAAGAUGAAUGGCAAGCUUUUAUCUUGAACUUGGUUUGAGAUCUCCCACUCGCUCUAAAUCUCCUACUUGUAGUCCAAUCUAACGUCCUGUUUACAUGGAGGUGGGGGACCCCAGAUAGAUGAGGUAACAUGUGGCGGGAUUAUAUGCUUCUGAUUUAAGCAAUGAAACUGUUUCCUUUCGUUUGUUCGAACGGGUGGCACGAUGGAGGUGGACUGAAACAUGAAAAAGUUAGGCAAUCUUUUAAGUUUUAAUGCUAUGCUUUUCAAACUCACCGAAGGAAUACUAUGACUAGUCCUCCCUGGUGAAAUUUGUUUAAUAUUUGUUUGAGCACUGUUUUGUGUAUGGGUAAAGGCAAUGAGUAACCUAUUCUGCACUUAAUUGACCCUAAACAGCAAUUUCCUCGUGACAUAAAGACUUAGCCAAGUGUUUCAACUAGAGAUUUGUCUUUUUGUAGAGGAAGGAAUUGUAAGUAAAACUAAGUUUGGUAUCUUUGCGCCAAUAGAACUUUCCAUAAUAAAGAGGCAUCCUUAUUUUUGUCGAACAUAAGUGUAAUUAUUACCACCUCUUUGUUCAAGUCUUUGAAUAUUUCUUUUUUCUUGAUAGCACCGAGCUUCGGUCCAGAUAAUUUUGUUACUGAAUUGAAUGAAACAACAUUCAACAUUUCGUGGGCUCCUCUACCAACGGAGAAGAGCAAUGGGAUAGUCAUUCUCUAUGAAGCAAAGGCGGAGUUAGUGCUCACAGGACCACGCUCACGGCGAGCAGUUGCAAGCAGCAAAGGAUUGAAUACAACAAAAACCUUUGUUGUUUUGAAGGAUUUUCUCACUGGUUCUCAGUACAGAAUCUCUGUUCGGGCUUUUACGGUCGUUGGACCUGGGCCCUAUGGUCCGCCCACACAACUGCAUACAUCAAGUAGGUAGUCAGAGUUACCCCAAGCCUCUGUUUCAAAACGAGGCUAAGUACCAAACCUUUCUCGUGAGAAUAAGUUUUCUUUGCAUGAAAAUAGAAAAUCAUUUUUACGCUUAGUCCUGUUUUAAAACAGAGGCUUGGGGUAACUCGGAAAUGGCCUGUUUUAUACCAAAAAAAUACAUCGAGUAAACGCAAAAUGUCUUGACGAGAUACAGGAUUGGCUAAAAUCUCGGGAUGCGGUAUUAGGUAAGAAAACGGUAUUCGUAAUAAAGAUGACAGAAGCUCGGAAUGCGGGAUUAUCGAAAAAAGAAUGCGGGAUUAUCGAAAAAAGGAAGCGAGAAUGCGGAAUAAGCCCCCCACCCCUCCUCCCUUUUCUUCGUAGCUUGUUCACAGACCAUCUAUUUUCUUUUCAGAGAUUGCUUAACCCCCCUGUGAAAAUUAGAAUUGCGGGAGAUUUCUGUGCACAUGCUACCCCCUUGUUUGCUUGUUUUUUAUUGCCUUUUUCGGGGAAAAUUCGACCUUUCAUGUAAACUUUGGCUCGCUGAUGCCUUAACGAAGCUACAAUAUUCCCUGGUAAUUUCAACGAGUCAUCCAUUAAACGUUUUGAUACAACUGCAUGUCUGAGUUUUACUCCGAGGAAGUAUUGUUUGUAAUUAAAAAGUCCCUCUGGUCAGUCAAAGCGCGUGAACUGAUCUUGAGUAUUUAAUCAUUCUGUUAACCUGCAGAUACUGAAAUAAAAAAUGCAGCUGAAGGUUCAAGUGGUACAGAUAUCAUCCCAAUAGUUGUGCCAGUCGUGUUACUGUUUCUCCUUAUACCAGCAGUGGGAAUUGUAAUUAUUUUUUAUCUAAGGUACGUACAUGCCAUCAACAGUGUUGUUGUUGUUGCUUCUGCUGUUGAGUUAGUUGUUGCUCCUGUUGUUGUAGGUUGUAGUUGGCGCUUCUCCAUCAUAUACGGGCUCUGUUUGUCAGUGAUUACGAACGUGGAUUUCUAAUGACGUCCAGCAAAAAUUUAUGCUAUGGAAUAUUACGGAAUAAAAGUCGAUUAAAAAGGGAAAAGAGAAUAACGUAUUUAUUCCAUUAGGCGUUCAUCCUCGAAUAAGCGCCCCACCCCUACUACCCUCCACCAAAGAAGUGACCUCACUGACGAUGAAACUGAAAUACACUAAGUUCUACUUUGAGACUUCCCCGAAGACCGAUUUUUCUUAGGUUUUUAAAGAAUCCCAGCUUGCAAUGAACACUUGAAAUUCUGCUUAAAAGCGCCAACACUCAAUAUCCAAAAAUUCAAUAAGACCCUAGUGCGCUUAAUCGAAUAAAUACGGUAUUUCUCGCAAGCCGAAGUUAGCUUAAGUAAGUUUAAGCUAAUCGAGGCGGAGGAUGAAGGAAGAAAGAUGUGAAAAACUAGAUGCAAUAAGAUGAAAUAAUACAUAGAAAACGCAAGAGUAGGGGACAUCGUCCCCGUUGGGGUAAUUAAUCUUUUAAAAGGAAGGGGUCUAUCAUUGGGCCGCAGUAACUGGCCUCGUACGCUUUCCCUGUUACCUGGCAAAGAGUCGAAAAGAGUGGCCGUUUAAAGCAAAUCUUGAUCUGAAUAUAAAUCCAAAUAUUUCUUGCGUUUAACUUGCCUGUCAUGCUGCUUUAGGCCAAUUCUGUGCUAAAGUCAUUACUUUGUCCCUUUAUCCUUGUGCAAAACGCUCCUGUAGAGUUAUGAAGAAGAUAUCGAUCAAAUUUCAUUAAGGAGCAUUAACGUCAAAUAGUUUUUUUUGGCGAUAUUUCAAGGCAUAGCAAUAAAACGUGAAAAAGCUGGCCCAACUUUUUCAGCCUUUAAUCCAGGUCGAUCCUUGCCAUCCGUUGCAACGGACGACAGGAGACAUUUUCAGUUAGUAAAUAUAGUCUUAAAUAACAAAAUCUGGACCAUUAUUUUUGAAAUUCGAUAGAUUCGAAGACACAUUUUAACUUUUUACAAUAGGGAGUUUAAGAUAUCACAACGGCGACGGCGGCGAAAACGUCACUUAAAAAGUGACUUCACGUUCUUUGAAACUGCAGUGCAACUAUCUCAACUUGCUCAUUUUGUUCAAUGAAGGCAAUUUUUCCUGCAUUUGAAUUCUUAAGAAAGAUAGUCAAGUUUAAAUAGAGAAAGAGAAAUUCGUCGUCGUAUGUUCACGUUGUCGAUAAAACGUGAAAUUAGGCAAUGCACAUCGUUGUCGUGCAGUGACGGCAAAGAAAUGCACAAAAAAGCAUGAUGCACGUGCGAAGUUGUUGUUUUGCUAACCUAAACCUAUUGCUUUUUGACGUUUUCGUUGCCGUCACCGUAGUGACAUCUUAAAUUCCCUAAUAGUAACUUUACGCAACAGGACGGCAGAAAGAAGAGGGCAGUAAAACACUUGUGUGUGACAAACGUGACAGACCUAUUACUUACGUGUUUUGUGGUGAUCUUCACUUAAGUUAAUGUUUUCUGGUCUUUAUACAAAAAGUCCUGUUUAAAGGAGAGUGAAGUUCGAAGGAAAAGUUUUUCUAACAAAAUUAUUGUCACGCUUGUCACGCAAGGUUUACCGUCUUCUUUCCUCUCCCGUCCUGCUGCGUAAGCUCACUAAUUCAGCAAAUAGCGUGACUUACCCCCUUUGUAUUUUGUAUUUCUCUGUUAUCAUUAGGAGGAAACGAUCACAAAGAGAAGGCGACAGCAAAACCCCUAUUCAACGCGAUAGCGUGGGUAGUGACAUAGGUCUCGAUAGCACGGUGUACCAAACUAUUGCUGCAGUUAACUCCCCCACCAAACCAGACGACAAGGUUUAUUCAAAUGUCGUGGUGGAUUCACCCAAAACAAAAUCAGACGAGCAAAUCUACCAGAACACUAACGACGGUUCCACAGGGAGAGAAGGAAAGCCGGUCUACCAGAAUAUUGCUGGAAUGCGUAAUGGAAAGGGUAAAUUCCAUCACUGUUUAAUGAUUUCCUGAAGCCAAAUGACAUUCGACUGAAAAUCGCCCAACAAGUGCAAAAGCGCCGGUCAGCGGUGUUGCAGCCUGUUGAAUUUGUACAGCCAUUAUUAUUGGCUGAAGUCUUGUUGCUGUUGUUUUUGUUGUUGUUGUUGUGGUGGUGGUUGUUGUUGUUGUUCUUCUUCUUCUUUUUCUUGUUCUUCUUCUUGUUCUUCUUGUUCUUGUUCUUGUUCUUCUUCAUCUACUACUGCUGCUGCUACUGCUUCUUCUUCUGCUUCUGCUUCUGCUUUAUCCAAUUUGUUCAACUCUAAAUUAGUUUUGUGAACUUCAAAUUUGUCCUUAUUUAGCAUUCAACUGAAAGUCAUCACAUAAAACUUCUUAGAUAUAAAUAGAUUGGUGUUGUCUUUACGGACAGGGUCUUGAUUGUCUCGAUUACCACUCGAUCACAUGCGAAUGUGCAUAGGAUUGUUGAUAGUCAAACCCCGGUUUACGAACACCCGGUUAAUACGGACACCUAAUUAUUACGGACGGUUUCUGUGACCACCUCAGUGUCAGCAUUAACCAGUAAACGGGAUUUGACAGUAUUCCAAAGAUAUCUUGUGGUCCCAAAAGUGGAAAACUUCAUAUAAUCUCUUCUGCAGUCAAACCCCGUUAAUACGGAUACUGAAGGGGCCAUUAAGAAAAAGUGUCCGCAUUAAGCGGGUGUCCGUAAAGCAGGGUUUCACUGUAUGGUCAAAGCCCGUCUGUACGGACACUGAGGAGGGGGGGGCGGGGCAUAAAAAGUAUCUAUAUUAACCUGAUGUUCAUAUUGAGCGGUUUAAAUUUAAAGAAAAUGUGAGAGCUUUCUUUUGGGAGGGCAAAGCAAACUGUCAGUAAUUGAGCGGAUGUCCUUAAUGUGAAGUUUGAAUAUACUGUAUAAUAAUACAAACAUAUCUGAAAUCAAGGACUAUGGGCUUGACUCUUUGUUUUUGACUGUUUGUGUGUUCUUAGUGAUACAGUAAAAACCCGCGUAUAAGAACCUGUUAGGCUAAGGUUGUCCAUUUAGACUCCUUUUACCUAUUUUGAGAAAUUCAGUUGAACACUGAAUACACAAAUUUAAUACAACAAGCUCUACCAGUUAGUAAAAUGAAGAUAAACAAAAUACAAUGUUUAAAUGUUGUUUGUGAGACUUGAGGUAUUUUGCUUCAUCCAGAUACUGCACAGACAGAAAAGAUUAAAGAAGACGAGCUUGUGUAUAGUGAAGCACAAGACGGUAAACCCAAACCAGUUCCCGCGUCUGAGUUUGUAGCGUACUUCAAGAGCAAGGCCAUUAACGGAGCAGCUGUACUGAGAAAAGAAUUUAAGGCAAGUCCAAAUUAUGCAUGCCAUUUAAUUAGUAACCAUUUGCUAGAAAUACUUGUCUCGCAAACCCUCGCGAAACCGGGUUAUAAUAGCGCCAUUCAAGUUAGACCAAGACGGCCACGGUUAGAAUGUGAUAGUUGAACAGCCCCGGAUAUUGGAUAUGAAGAUUUUGGCAACUCGAUUCUUUCUUUUCUUCUUUUUUUUUUUUUCUUUACAUGAAAAGUAACACAUAAAUAAGCACUUGGCAUGAUUUUAGCCAGAGGAUUUACUUUUAAUGCGGAAAAAAGUUGAAAAAGCAUGUAUUUUCACCCAAAAUUGGCUUGACCACCUGCUAGUUAUGACGUCAUAUCUCGUAACCAUAGCAACAGACCACUACACUUGUCUCAAAAUCUGCGCGAGGUUUGAAGAAACAGCCACAGAAAACGUCAGGUGCUGAUGUUUUAUCCCCUUGGAAAAAACUAAGAAAAACCUUAUGGGGGGGGAAGGGUGGCAUCCCCCCCCCCCCGCCUUCUGCACGUCCGAGGGUUAAAAUAAUUGCUGAUUUAUACAUCAAUUUAGGUAUGUAUUACAGUAGCCGGAUAAGAAGACGUAAAGCUACCUCUUAUUUUAGGACAGAACACAACCUUACGUUAAAAAAAAACGGUGACAGUUGUGCACUCAAGCAUUUCCUCAUUAAUCGAUUUUGUCUGUCCUAAUACCUUCUCUGCAGGAAUUGCCUACAGGCAUGCUUUCUAGCUAUGAGGUUGCAACGAACAACAAAUCUAAAAACCGUUAUGGUAACAUAGUCACCUGUAAGUUUGUUUAUUUAUUUAUUUUUUAAAUUAUUUUUUCACUACAUCGUUCUGCUGACUUUACUUUAUGUUCGAGUAUAGCUGCCCCAAAAGAAAAAAAGGCGGAGACACUUUACAUCCCGGCUUGAAAGUGGUUUGAACUAAUGAAACAUGCGACAUAACAUUUAGUACUUAUACUGUUCAUGAUUAAAAGGAAUAACACAUACGAUAAAGGGCGAUCACGACUUUUGUUUGCGAACUGAAAUCUCUAACAUCCUACUAAAGUAUCACUAUUUUGAUGUUUAUAAUUCGAAUUUAAAAGCAAGAUUACACACCAUAAUUUUAACUUUUGUUUUUAACCCCAGCUAGUAACGUUCUCUGAUCAGCUCCGAUCUCCUGGUUUUGGGCCCCCAACGGACUCAACGAAUUUCGAAUUUCCCUUCAACCUGAUUGGCAAAUUGACAACGGCUUUCUAAACAUGUCAAUCAUGGCGCUUACUCAAAUCCUGGUACACAGGUGAGGGCCCAGAACAAGGAUUUCGGCGUUGUUUCACAGACGGACUUGACGAUAAGUUAAAUUCCAUUUGUGGCGCUUCAAAAAAAGAAAACGUAACCACAAAAAAAAAAAAAAUUAUUAUUAUACAAAAACACAAAAGUUGAAUAGUUUGCCCCACAAAUAGCUGGAAAACUAGUCGUGGUGGGGCAAGACAAGUAUAUGAAUAACACAAUUAUCUAAUGAAAAAAAAACCUUAAACUAUUAUAAAGCCUUGCAUAUUGCAACAAAAAGGAAAUGAAACACAGAAGUUAAGUGGUCUAAUUUACACACAGCCUGUUUACAUGAAGGUGGGGGACCCCAGGUAGGUGAGGUAACAUGUGGCGGGUUACCCCACCUAACAUGUAAACGUGAUCACAUUAAAAUAAGAGAUUAUAUGGACAGGUGGGUUACCCCACCUAAGCGGGUUACCUCACCUAUCUGGGGUACUCCACUUCCAUGUAAACAGGCCCUAAGACAAGGCCCUAAGACAAGGAGUCACUGACUCUAAAAUGAUAACACAGAAAAAGAAAAGCAGAUAUUAAAACCUUUAGCAAGUGUUAACUCUCAACUUAUUUUUUAAUAAUCAUGGGGAUUUGAAUAUAGUCAUCCUGAAUGGUUUUCAGAAUAUAUAGGUUCAGGGUAAGAGAAGAAUUCGUGAAGUAAGAUCGAAGCACAAAAACCUCUUCUGCACUUUUCAGAUCUGCACAGCUAGAAUAACGGUGAAGCUAAUGGAUGGGUUGUGGUCUCAAUAAUUAUCGUGGGUUUUUUUUGGUGUUCUUCUUUCCAUUUUGUUUUUUUAUUAUUAUUAUUGACAGAUGACCAUUCUCGCGUUAUCCUGGGAAAAGAAGAUGGCGAUUCGAAAUCUGACUACAUCAACGCCAGUUACAUCCCGGUUCGUAUAUUUCUGCGACUAGGGUGCUUAAACGAUCAAGAAGACGACUGCAGUGAAAAUAUCCCUGAAAAAAUGAAUUUGCGUUCUUUCAAUCUUUUAUCACGACUAUAAAGUCUCGCUCAAUUUGUCACAUGUAGGCGAAUUUUCCCAGAGUUGAAUUCUUAAGGACCGCAUCCACGCUCAAAACUUGAUAAAGCAAAAAUUGUCGCCUUCUGUCCACGUCCUCCAUAAACUUCGCAGUUGUAAGUUUACGUCAUAGUUGUGUCGUGGACGUCAAAGUAAUAUGGCAAUAUGUACGCGUAAUGCACCUACAGUGCAACAAUCAAUACCAAGCCAUUCUCACGCGGGCUCUUGUCAUUGGUUGACGAUACGCUGGUAAAUGUACAUGAAAACUAAUCCCUGCCACUAACAAUUAUUUCAUGGUGGUUUUUUUUUUUUCGUAGACAUACGACGAGAAGACAAUGAGUUACAUUGCGACUCAAGGUUCGCUUUACUUAAAAAUUGGACUUCUUUAGUUGUGUGAAAAGCUUACUCGUUCACUUUGGAACUGCCUAUGGGUGCAUGUGCAUUUUCGCUAAUGCACCUUUUAUUGUCUUUCAAGGUCCAAAUAAAGUAACAGUCAAUGAUUUCUGGAGAAUGAUUUGGCAAGAGAACUGCCUUAGCAUUGUUAUGCUGACAAACACGGUUGAACAAGGGAAGGUACGUUUGUAAGAUGACAAAUUGGAGCUACAGCAGAACCUGUGCAUAUAGACAAUUAAGCAAAGGGAAACUGGUCGCUCAAUGUUUACCAGUUAUUGAAUGAGGCAACCCCAAACAGGCGAAAUAUUUUGAUAAAUAAUAAGUUAUGUUGGAGGAGGUGGAAUGUCAAUUUUAAUGUAUAUUUUUUGUAACCAGCGUCUUGGGAUCUUCGAGAAAAAUGUUCUCAUUAUCAUUAUCAUUGUCGUUGUCGUUGUCUUUGUCGUAAUCGGUGUUAUUAUUAUUAUUAUUAUUAUUAUUAUUAUUAUUAUUAUUAUUAUUAUUAUUAUUAUUAUUAUUAUUAUCAAUUGAAAUGAAAUGUUUUUAGUUCGAUUACUUUUUUUAAUGAAAUGAAUUUUUUUUGUAAUCAAAACUAAGUGUUUUUUAAUCCAAAGGAAUUGUAAAUAGUGUCAGGGUUCGCACAGGUUUGAGAAGUCCUUGAAUUUUAUGGGAAGUCCUUGAAAAGUCCUUAAAUUUCUGUGAAAGUCCUUGAAAAGCUCUUGAAUUUUCUUUAACUUUGAAUGUAGUGGCCAGGAAAGAAUUUUUUUAUGCUUUUUGGUUAUCCAAGACAGAAUAUAAACCAUAGCUCAGUUUAAGACAAGUGAACUGAAAAAUGCAGAGAAGUUGGUGAAGCAAACAGUUCAAUUCUUAUUGAAUCUGUACAAUCUGUGAAAUUAUAUUCCUAGUGGGUGGUCCUUGAAAAGUCCUUAAAAAUGGUUGCAUUUUUUGUAUGAACCCUGAGUGUUUUGACGGAAUAGUUUUUUUAAGCGAAAUAAUUGUUAAUAGGAUUUUAAUGAUUAGCAUUGUUAUCAAUACAAUUAUAAAUAUAUUAUUGUUAUUUGUUAUUAUUAUUAUUAUUAUUAUUAUUGUUAUUAUUAUUAUUAUUAUUAUUAUUAUUAUUAUUGUUGUUAUUACUAUUAUUAGCAUUUCUACUGUGUUUUUUUUUUUUUUUCCUUUUUCAAGUUUUGAAUUUAAUUUUGUUCGUUUGAUUUUUGUCACCCUUUGCAGACAAAGUGUGAAAAGUAUUGGCCAGAAAAGACUUCCAAGUAUGGUUCCGUCACAGUUUCUCUUCAAAAGACUGAAACCUUUGCAGAUUAUAUCAUUCGAACAUUAACGUUGUUGAAGGUUAGCAUAUACCAUUAGACCAUUUUUAGAAAUUAGCAGAACUCGAUUGCGAUAAGUGAGCUUUCUCGGACAAGCAAUUCCUUCAAACACUCAUGACAACACCCCAGUUUUAUUAGAGUGAUUUUAGUUCAGCUUUUCUUUCUGGGUAUUAUAUUAAUCGGAAAUUUCAAUCUGGGCAACUGUGGUAAUCUGGGUUUUACCCCCCCAAAAAAAUUGUUGUCAGGUUGGGUUACAUCAGUAGUUUUUGUAUCGGGUUUGCUUCUUAGAGCCUGGGGGGGUAAUGCUUUGGUAGUUUUUAGUUUGGGAGCGCUGCUAUAAGCGCCUAGAACCAUUAUCCUAUAUCAGAAGAUACAAUUUUCCAACACUAUUCUAGAGUUGACACUGAAAUCUUCACCCCACAUACUAGACUGACUAUGAAACGAAAACUCCGGUUUUCAUACUGCUCAUCAAUUUUCCCUAAAGUAGUAACCUAAUCCCAUACUAAACGUAAUCU